AUGUCCACAGAACCAGUCAGGAGGGAUCGCGUGUGUGUGGUGUCGCAGCGGCUUCUACAGAGCACCCGCGACGUCAACUCCUCCCUGCACAGCUCUCCCUCUGCUCCGACCUCUGUCUCCUGGGAGUAUGAGAGUGGUGAUGGUGGGGUGUCUUUGCGUUGGCGCCCUCCACUGGACAUGGGUGGUCGUAGCGAGGUGUGGUAUGGGGUGGUGUGUAGGAUUUGUCCCUCGGCCACCUUCACCGCCCCGGGGGCGUGCUCCUGGUGUGGAGAGGCGGUCACCUUCACCCCAUCCCAGACUGGCUCUCCCUCUGCUCCGACCUCUGUCUCCUGGGAGUAUGAGAGUGGUGAUGGUGGGGUGUCUCUGCGCUGGCGCCCUCCAGUGGACAUGGGUGGUCGUAGCGAGGUGUGGUAUGGGGUGGUGUGUAGGAUCUGUCCCUCGGCCACCUUCACCGCCCCGGGGGCGUGCUCCUGGUGUGGAGAGGCGGUCACCUUCACCCCAUCCCAGACUGGCAUCAAGCAGACCAAGGUCACCCUCAACAACCUGCUCACCAGAGUCACCUACCUUAUACAGGUGCAAGCGGUCAAUGAUGUCUCAGCUCUGAGUCCUUUCCCYCCUCAAUUCARCAGCAUCAAUUUCACUACUAGCCAAUCAGUGCCCUCUCUGGUCCCUAGCCUGCACCAGUUGAGUCGAGCCCCAGACUCCAUCACCCUGUCCUGGCCACAGCCUGACAGACCCAAUGGAGACAUACUGGAGUACCAGCUCAGAUACUACGACAAGGGUUCAGAUGAGGACAGUGCAGUGAGUGUGUUCAGUGAGACCAACACAGUGACUGUCAACUAUCUGGCUCCUGGCUCCAUCUACGCCUUCCAGAUCAGGGCCCGCAACGAGAGGGGCUAUGGCCCCUACAGUCAUACUAUCUACUUCACUACAUUGGCCCUGGAGGGGAGUUCUAAGCAGAUCCAGAAUCGGCUCCCUCUAUUGGUUGGUUCUGUGAUGGGCGGGGCAGCCUUCCUCCUGGUCGUUGUGGCGAUAGUGGUCGUUUUUGUGUUCCGCAGUAAGAGGAGGGAGAGCCCCUACAGUGACAGACUCCAGAGGUACAUCAGCCACAAAGGGGGGGUGAAGUACUACGUGGACCCUUCCACCUAUGAGGACCCCAGUGAGGCGGUCAAGGAGUUUGCCCGUGAGAUCGACCCCUCUCACCUCAAGAUAGAAGAGGUGAUUGGUGCAGCCCAGUUUGGGGAGGUGUCUCGGGGGCGCUACCGCCCCCUGGGUCGUAGGGAGGUGCUGGUGGCGGUGAAGACGCUACGCUGGGGCGUGACAGACAGAGAGAAGGCAGUGUUUAUGACCGAGGCGGGGGUGCUGGGUCAGUUUGACCACCCCAACGUGCUGAAGCUGGAAGGGGUGGUCACACAAAGCCCACCAGAGAGGAUCAUCACUGAGUUCAUGGAGAAUGGACCACUGGAUGCCUUCCUCAGGGAGAAUGAGGACCAGUUCAGUGUUCUCCAGCUGGUAGGGAUGGUGAGGGGUGUUGGGGCUGGGAUGAGGUACCUCUCUGAGAGGAACUUUGUCCACCGGGACCUGGCUGCUAGGAACGUGCUGGUCAACUCUAACCUGGUGUGUAAGGUGUCUGACUUUGGGCUGUCGCGCCUCAUGAGGGGUCUGGACCARAACAUGCCCACCUACACUGCCUCACUGGGCAGUAAGAUUCCUGUCAGGUGGACAGCCCCGGAGGCCUUCCAGCAUCGCAAGUUCAGCUCAGCUAGUGAUGUCUGGAGCUUCGGAGUGCUCAUGUGGGAAGUGAUGUCAUAUGGCGAGCGGCCAUACUGGGACAUGAGCAAUCAGGAAGUAAUGAAGGCGGUAGCAGACCAGUACCGUCUCCCAGCCCCAAAUAACUGUCCUCCAGCGCUCCACUCCCUGAUGCUGCAGUGUUGGCAGGCUGAGAGGGGCGACCGGCUAGGCUUCGACUCCCUCCUCUCCUCCCUGGACAGGCUCAUACGACACCCUGCCUCCCUCAAGGCAGAGCAUCCCCGCUCCACCCAGCCACUGCUGAGUCCCACCCCCACAGACCUGUCGUCAGUGGCGACGGUCAGUGAGUGGCUGACAGCGUUGAGGAUGGACAGGUAUAAGGACCAGUUUGAGAGGGCACAUCUGGACACACUGGACCGAGUCAGCAGGGUAACCAUGGAGGAUGUGCAGAACCUGGGGGUGGACCUGUUGGGACACCAGAGGAAGAUCACCAAUGCAGCCCAGCAGCUCAGAACUCACCUCACCCAGGGCCAGGUGGAGGUCUAGAACCCACCAAGCACCUGAGAGCUUCACAGGAAGUAACAGAGAGGUGCACUAUUGGAGCUGUAGUCCAAGGCAAAGCAAGAUCUGGGAGGAGAGUUGCUGAGGAGGAACAGGAAGAUUUGAAGGGGAAAAGUCUUAAAAAAUGUGUUUUAUUUCACUUGUUUGCUGUUGUUACCAUUCUAACUCUCUUUUUGCCAGUCUCUACUUCUCUCUUCCUCCUCUCUUUCCCUCACUCCUCCCACAUUGUCUCACUACUGUCCCUCCCUCUUUCACUCGUGUCACCACCCUCAAUAAAUGAAAACAGUGAACAUUUAUUUUUUACCCAAACAUAGGGAUCUCCCGUCACAAGCAAUUGCAUAGACAAUCAAAAGUGAUUUUACUGAUUCAUGUUGAUAUCAUGAACACUGUUCAUGAUUAUUUGUUAAGCUACAUCACAUCAUAUGUACUGAAAUCAGAAAAUGGCAACCCUUGUUGACUAAACAUUAGCCAAUGGUUUCUCCCAUCGGUCACUAGCCUGGUCACAUCUGGGGAUUAUUCCAUUAGACUCAAGAAAUGUGGUUGUAGUUUACAUCGUGGCAGAAUGGAGUCACCCACCAUUGAGCAGCACCCUCCUCUGUGUAUAUUUCACAGUUCACAUUCCUUUUUUUAUAGAUAAAGUCACUGGGUCAUUUGAGCAUUGUGAAUGUGAAAUGACUAUGUGAUCUGAUUGCCCAUCGAAGUAAGGAAGGCGAUGUUAUGCUUCGUGAGUAUUCUGUGUCUGUUUGUGUUGAUGUGUGUAUGUUGUAUGAGGAGUGUGUGUAUGUGUGUGGGGGGGGUGAAGAAAUCCCCACCAACUGAGGCGGGUCACCAUUCCUUGUCACUCCUCUUUGAACUAUCCGUCCGGCUAACAAAAUCACAGUUUCCCUGUAACAAUAAAUCCAUAACACUUAGAGUACAAUAAAACAUAUCAACAUUUGUAACAUGACAAUUUAAUUCACACAGUAACUUUAAUUUAAUCCGUCUUCACACCUCCAAUGGUGUCCACGCUCCCAGGGUUCUGUGGGAACGUCCCUCCCCGGAGAAAGCCUAAGAUAAGGUGUGUUUGACCCCUUUGAUAGCCCACAGAUGGUCAGCCAUCCAAACAGUGUCAUAAAUUGGAAUUUUGUCAUCACUCUGGACCUCGGCGCCUACACGUCUCCAGUAAUGAGUUUCACCUUCUCUCAUUCUUGUGUGUGUGUAUGAGUGUGUGUGUGUAUGAGUGUAUGCACAUGAGUAAGUAUGUUUAUUUGUAUGUGUUCACCACUAUUCCACUGUUGUGCAAAUUUGUAAAAUAAAGAAUAUGAUUUUAUUUAAAUCACUG